AUGUGUGGAGGAGCCUAUGCACCCCCUUUAUUCCUUUUACCAGUGAUCUUUUUGAUUAAAGGCGUUCAAGAAAUUGGCAGUGGAAUCAAGGCAAUGGAUGAAGCAAUCAAGGCUAAUAAUUUAAAGAUGUUCGACCUCUUCAAGAGGAAGAAGCAACAAAUUGAUCAAGCAGCCUCUAAUCAAGUUGAGAAGCGAUCGACAAUAUCCAUCACAGAAAUUAAAAAACAAUCGGAAGGUAUGAGUGAUGACGAUAAGGAUAAGUUGGCCACAUUGUUGGUUCAACGAUGUGUUGCUAGAUUGGAAGGGAAUGACUUUGAUUUGGCAAAAGAGGAUUUACACGAAGCUCUCUCAUUGAUGAAUGUUGUUAAUAAUGGUGACUCCAAGUUCUAUUUACUUGAAUAUUUACUUGGAAUUUGUUGUUAUGGAAAUGGAGAAUAUAAGGAAGCUGCUAAUUAUUUCCAAAAAUCAAUUGAUCACAGAAUUUCUCUUGAAACUGAAUUGGUUGAAAAUCAAAAUGCUGAACAAUCAUUGCUAGAUUUAGAAGAGAAAUUCUUUUCAAUGCAAUUGGAAGCCAAGAAACCAAUUGAGAAAAUUGCUGCUUCCUGGUCGAGAAAUUGGUCCUACUAUUCCACUAGUGUAACCAAUUUUACAAAUCAAGCAAAGAAUUAUUACAAUCACAGCUUGAUGCUUGGUACUGAUAAGCCAGUACUCAAGACUAAACCAAAUACAUACAUUACAUUGGAAUUAUUGUACAUUAGAGCUGGCGUAGCUUAUUACUCUGGCACUUACUAUCUGGAUGCAAUUCCAUACUUUAAUCAAGCUAUUGAAUUGGGAGAAAGUUAUCAUUCUGAAUAUGUUGAAUCUUCCUAUUACAAUAGAGGAUUAUGCUAUUAUUAUUUAGGAGAGUUACAACUUGCUAUCAAUGACUUUACCAAGUCUAUUUCUUUGAUGCCUCUCCUCAAGCAAAGAGAUAUAGUAUACACAAUGAGAGCUGUUUCCUAUGGACGAUUGGGAUUGGAGACUGAAAAGAAGAGCGAUGAACAUAAGGCAAAACUCCUCAAUCCAUUUGCUAAACCAUUACCAUUAUUCCAUCUUAGAUUAUUGAAUGAGGAUGCGUUAUCUCACAUCAUGUCCUUCCUUCAAACCAAGCAAUUAUUGGUUGUAUCUUCACUUAACAAGUAUACAAGAAUGUUUAUCAAGAAAUACUUACAGGAGAAUGAUAUUCAUAUUAGUUGUGCUUCCUUGAUCACAACAGAUAAGAAAGCUAUUACAUCUCUUGUUAAGAAUUUAUUCCUUCCAAAAGAAGAAACCCCUAACAAGAGAGAAAUGAUGCUUAAUGUGCUAAAUAUUCCUCUUUUGCAAGAAAAUGCAAAGAACUUAAUUAUUUAUGAUUCUUCAGAAUUUUCUAUGCUACACGACUAUGGCUACGACAGAUACCUUGAACACGUAGUAAUUACCAAAUUCAAAAAUUUAAAGAGAUUGGUAUUUCACAAUUAUCAUACUACUUUGUUAAGAACUAUUCCUACAAAUAACCCAUAG